CGAAACUCCGGCUCAGAUACGUUUCGACGAGUUAAUGCACGGUCGGUCCGGUCAUUUGUAUUUGGAACGCCGUAGCAGACAGAAGGACACGGGUGAAAAAGCGACGAAGCGUGCGAACGGAGUGGAGCGGCUACUUUAGCGCCCUUUUUUGUUUCAUUUUCCCCCGCUCACAAAAGCAACAUUUUGGCAACUAACAUUUCGGCAAACAAAAAUUACAACACCAACAACAAAAAAAAAAAACGCAAACGAAACGAGAAAUCUAAACGCGGGAAUACAUCUGGUGUGUUCCGUUAUAUUUGUGUUCGUAAACAAUUUUUUUCUGUUCUGUUCGGUUCGAUUCGAUUUGAUCCGAUCCCACCGAUAAACGAUAAACGCGAAUUCCAGUGAUCUUUUUGGAAAAGGAGGGCCGCAGACCGACAAGAACUCAAGCUCACCGGUAAAGCGGCGAGCCGAGAGCGCGCGAGAGGGAGUGUGCGUGAUCAAGACGGAGAAAAAGAGAGAGAGAGCAUCAGAUCGCAGCGGCAUUCUCGCUUCCCUCGCAAUUCGCAAACACAAAAUUCAAAAUUCGAAAUUACCCAGCAUUCGUUUCGGUUCCGAUAUUGGUUUCUUCAGUUCGUCUUAUUUAUCGAGUCUGCUGUUUUGUCUUUCUUCGCUGAAGAAAGAGAGGCCGACAGACAGAGAGAGAGAGAGAGAGAGAGCGCGCGAGAGCGGAGCCAAGCAGCAGCAGAAGGAGCAGCAAAGAAGUCCAAGUCCGACGAAGAAGUGCCCAAAGCGAGGCGCAGAUAAUACAAAUACAAAAGCAAAUUAAAACAAAAAACCAACUAAAAAUCACGAAAAAAAAUUGCACACAAAAAAACCAAAACAAAACGAUCGGCUCGGCAGAGCCAACGAAAACGAAGAACGAGAGAGGGAGAGGCAGAGAGACGAGGAGGAGCAGCAGAGGAUGCGCCACUAAUCCCGGAGAGCGCGAGACAUGAGAAGCGGCAGCAGCGGCAGUAGCACAACCUAUGUAGCGGUCCAUGACGAGCAUUAAGACCGAGAUGCCGCCCCUGCACGCGGCAGAGGCGCUCGCCGCCAGCAGUGCCACCGACAGCGGUGGGGGAGGAGGAGGAGGAUCAGCGGGAUCCCAGGGAGGAGGAGGAGGCGGAGCAGGAGGCGGAUCAGGAGCGGCAGGCUCGGGCGCAGGAGGCGGCGGCGGCAGUGCGCCCGCCACGCCCAAUGCCACCAUCAGCGCCGCAGCCGACUCCAGUGAUAACCAGCCCGGCACCCCGCAACCCCCGCAACAGCAACAGCAGCCGACGCAGCAACAGCUGCAGCAGCCACAGACCCAGCAGCAGCAGCAGGCCAUGGGCGGCGGCGAUCCCCAGCAGCAGCAGCAACAGCAGCAGGUCACGGGCAUCACCCACCAGCCGUACGCCACCCACCACAUGUACUCCGCGUCCGCCGGACAGCAGCAGCAGCAGCAGAUGUACGGCGGCCUCUAUGGCGGCGACAUGCAACAGCAGCAGGGCUACGCCAGCAGCUACAUCAACAGCUACGAGCAGUUCUACCAGCAGCAGCAACAGCAGCAGCAGGGCACCGACUACGCCUUCGGUGCCGUGGGCGUCGACUAUGCCAAGAGUGCCGGAGUGCGCUAUCAUCCCUACCUGCAGACCCCCACCUCGGGCCUGGGCGGCAUCCCCACGGGCAGCGCCGCCGGCCAGGAGGAGGCGGGCAGUGCGCCCAGCGCCGUCAGCACCACCACCGCGGUGGCCAUGAGCCCGCGCGUGGUGAGCAGCAGCAGUCCCACAUCGACGUCGUCGCACCUGCAGCUGGGCAGCUCCAGUGGCCAGACACCGGGCUCCCCGGGCGGAGCGGCUGGCAGUGGUGGCUGCAAGCUGCAGUGCAAGAAGUGCGGCAUCCUCACCACCAACGAGUCGGAGCUGCAGGAGCACAUAGCCAAUGUGCACGGAGAGUCGCCAUAUGGCAGCAGCGGUUACGCCAGCUCGCCGUACAUCAAGGAGGAGAUGCCCACGCCGCAGCCCCAGGGCGUCGGCGGCUCCACAGCGGCCAAUCCCGGCGAGCUGCUCGACCUGGACUCCCAGAAGAUGGUCUACCACCAGCAGUUGCUCCAACAGCAGCAGCAGCAGCAGCAGCAACAACAGCAGCACGACGCGGUCGCCGGCCUUCCGCUGGGCGCUCUGCCAGAUCCGCUGCACUCGAUGCAGUCCAUGCAGCAGCGGGCGCUCCACAGCUGGGAGCAGCAGCCGCAGCAGACAGUGGCCUCCGUUGAGGGCCUGCCACCCUACAUGCAGCAGGGCCUGGGCGUGGGGCUCGGCGUGGGCGUGGGCGUGGGCGUUGGCGUGGGCGUGGACAAGUCGCCCUACUAUUCGCCCAAGCAGUCGCCCUACCACCAGUCGGCCGGCGUUGGCGGAGCCACGCUGAUCAAGCAGGAGUACGGCGGCCACGGCCUGAUCAAGUCCGAGUAUCCCGAUUCGCAGCACUACGUGGACAAGUCGUUCGACCCCACCGGAGCCGGAGGAGGCGGCGCGGAGUUGUGCGCCAGCGUGGCCACCAGUCCGGCGGAGUUCCCCAGCACCACCACCGGCGGACCGGGGCAGGAGGGCGCGGCGGGUGCGGCGCCAGGAGGCGGCUACCGCGGCUUCGAGCCGCCCAGCUCCAGUUCGGUGCUGCCGGCCAACAGCCUGACGGCCAAGGCGGCCACCUGGAAGUCGAACGAGGCGCGUCGCCCCAAGACCUACAACUGCACGGCGUGCAACAAGUGGUUCACCAGCUCGGGCCACCUCAAGCGGCACUACAACACGACGCUGCACAAGAACGCGGUCAAGUCGAGCGGUCAGCCGGAUCCGGCCACCCUGCCCAUCUCGGCGCACCAUCAUCCCGCCCGCGAUCCGGUGACGAAGCCCAGCCGCAGGGGCACUGCCGCAGCCGCAGCGGCGGCAGCAGCAGCAGCUGCGGCCUCGGCCGGCGGGCAGCAACAGCAGCCGCCGCCGCCACCGCCGCCGGCCAAUGUGCCACCGCCGGAGCCGCCCAGAAGCCCGCCCGAGUAUGGCGGCGGCGGCGGCUUGGGCGUGGGAGCGAUGGGCGGCGCUGCCAUGUCCCAGUACUCGGCCUCGCCGUCGCCCACCCAGCAGCAGCAGCAGCACCACCUCAACCACCAUCAGCAGCAGGCCAACGGCUAUGCUAAUGGCACCGCCAACGGCUAUGGCUACAUGCAGCAACAAGUGCAAUCCACGACAAACGCUUCACCACAGCACGCUUCCAACAACAACAGCAACCAGCAGCAGCAGCAGCAGCAACACCACCAGCAGCAGCAGCAGCAGCACCACAACUCCGUUUUGAACGGUCACCCAAACGGGCUAGCAGGUCCCUCCGCCCCACACAACAACAACAACACCACCCAAAUGCCGUCCUCCCAAAUGAGGGGCCUGCUGAACGAAACAACAACCACGCCGCCACCAACAACAACAACCCGAGCACCACAAAUCACAACAACAACAACAGCAACAACGGCGGCCACCACGGUAGCUACAAAGAGCGAGCAAAUGGAGGACAGCAACCACACACAUCACAAUCCCAUUCCCAUUCCCAUCCCCAAUCACAAUCUCAGCCAGGACAGGAGCCACAGCAGCAGCAGCAGCAGCUCAAUGGCCACGGAGGAGGCGGAGGAGCUGGAGCUGCGGGAUCAGGAGCAGGCGGCGGACGAUCACCUGCAUCAGCAGGCGGCGGCGGCGGCGGCGGCGCAGCAGCAAUAUCUGCUGGCGGCGCGCCACUAUCACAGCAGCACGCCCAACACGCUCAGCAGCAACAGCAGCAGCAGCAGCAGCAGCAACACCAAUCCCAGCACGCCCAGCAGCAACUCGCCCCAUACUAUCUACCGGCAGGAGCCGCCGGCAACGGAUUUCUCGCGCACCACCCCGCCGCCGCAGCCGCUGCCGCCUAUGGGAAUGCUGCCGCCUAUGGCAAUGGACUACAACAUGCUGGCUUUGGAUAUGCCCAUGCCCAUGCCCACGCUCAUGCACAGCAAUAUGCUGCAGUGCAGCAGCACCAGCACCACGCCGCUAGCUACUACCAUCACCACCAGUAUGCCGGACACUAUGCCGCAGCAGCAGCAGCAGCUGGUGCCCCACUACCACCAGGCGGUGCUCCACCCGCACCAUCAGCAGUUGGCGGAGCAGCACCACCAGCGCCAGGAGGAGGAGCAGCAUCAUCAUCAGCAGCAGCAGCGGGAGCUUCACCAACUGGAUCAGCAGCAGCAGCAGCAGGCGUUAAUCCUGGCGGACAGUUUGCCGCACAGCAGCAGUUCGCCCACCAGCAGCUCCCCGCCGCCCACCAUGGCCAUGCCCAUGCCCAUGCCGCUCACCACCAUCACAGCGCCGCAGCUGCUGCCGCUGCAGCCGCCGCCGCCGCACAUCACCAGCACCAUGCCCAUGCCGCCCACCAUGCACAUGCCCAUCAUGCCGCCGCCGCCGCAAUGCUACCAGCAGCUGCAGCCGCUGGACCCCACAAUGAGCUAUCACACUAUUAUUGGUAGUAGUGGCGCCUCGUCGGAGGCGCACUCGGCAGCGGGCGGCGGCGCUGGUGGCUACGGUGCCAACCAGAUCACCACCAGCGAUGGCCAGAUCCUCCAGCUGAUGCCCGCCUCGCUGUUCGCGCCCUAUGCCCCGAUCUCGCCGUAUUCGGUGGCCGCCCAGCGGUCGCCGCAGGAGGGCGAUCUGCCGCCCGUGCACACGCUCACCACCGCCCUGCAUGCCCAUCAGCAGGGCGGGCAGCAGGAGGCGCAAACGCCGACGCUGACGGUGCUCUCCACACCCUACUCGCCCACGGUGAGCAGCUCGCGGGCCACCCCCGCGCUGGAGAUGGACAUGGCCACGCUGAUGCAGCACCAGCAGGACUACGAGAUGGAGCAGUACCAGCAGCUGCAGCACCAGCAGUUGGAGCAACUGCAGCACCACCAACAACAGCAGCAGCACCACCAGCAGCAGCAACAGCAGCAGCAGCAGCAACUGGAGCAGCAGCAGCAGAUCCUGGCGGAUCAGGCCCAAUCCCUGGCCCAGCAGCCGUUGGCCAAGAAGCGACGUGGAGGAGGAGGCGGCGGCGGCGGCGGCGGCGGCGGAAGUGCCACGCCAUCGACGACGAAGCGACGGCGGAACAGCAGCGUGGGAUCGACGUCGCCGCACUCGACCACCCUGCCCUCCGGACGGAUCAAGUGUCUGGAGUGCGACAAGGAGUUCACCAAGAACUGCUACCUCACGCAGCACAACAAGAGCUUCCACUCCGGUGAGUACCCGUUCCGCUGCCAGAAGUGCGGCAAGCGCUUCCAGAGCGAGGAUGUCUACACCACGCACCUGGGUCGCCACCGCACCCAGGACAAGCCGCACAAGUGCGAGCUGUGCCCCAAGCAGUUCCACCACAAGACCGAUCUGCGGCGACACGUGGAGGCCAUCCACACGGGGCUGAAGCAGCACAUGUGCGACAUUUGCGAGAAGGGCUUCUGCCGCAAGGAUCACCUGCGCAAGCAUCUCGAGACGCACAACCGGCCGCGGGUGGUGGGCAAGAAGUCCGCCGCGGCAGCGGCCGCCGCAGCAGCAGCCACUGCCCCGGCGGUAUUGGGAGGAGCAGGAGGAGGCGGAGGAGGUGUUCCCGCCGUCGGCACCAUCAAGGCGGCCUUUGCCCGCUCGCUGACGGUGACCACGGCCGUCGGCGAAUCGGGAGUGCCGGCUCCUGCUCCCCCCUUGGCCCUGGCCCAGGCUGUCAAUCCCGGACUCGCUCCCAGUCUCAGUCUGAAGCGGCCCAUCGACGAUGUGGCCGCCGACGAUGACAGCCUGCUGGAGGAGGACGAGGACGAGAUGGAGAUGGAGAUGGAGAUGCUGGAGGAGGAGGAUGAGGAGGAGGAGGAGCUCGGCGAUCACCACCACGGCAUGAUGAUCAAGAGCGAGUUCGUGGAGGAGGAGUUUCAGAUGAUCGAGAAGAGCAUAGAGUUGUACUGAGGACAGACCUGUGGCGGGAUCUGGUUGUUGAAAUGCUCCCGGGCUUUGAGCUGGGGAGGGGGUCAGAGGAGGAUCAGGGGAUCGGAGGAUCAGAGGAUCGGUGGAUCAGCGGAUCAGCGGAUCAGCGGAUCAGUGGGCAACUGAGCGCGGCUUGGGCUGCGGGCGCAGUUCGAGCGGCUCUGCAGUUGAGUGCGCCGACGAUGGGACACUUGAAGGUGUUCCGAACACAUUGCCAGCCGGGAGUUUAGCUCCUGCUUCCUGGGCAGACACGAAGCGGUGGCAAAGCCGCAGCAUUUCAACAAACCAGACUCGGGACGCCGCCCAGAACACCCAAAUCCAUUCCUGUGGCUCGGUAGCUGUACCGAGUUAGCCAUAUUGUGUGAGAACGAUCGCGAGGACAGACCGAAUUCCUAUUGUUGUAGCAGCAAAUUAUUUAAUUCUAUGUUUGUAUGUUAAAUCUGUAUUAUUAUUAUUUGUACUCUAACCCAAACCAUCAAGUAUACCUCAGCAACAGCAGUCCAAGAAGCGCCCGAUCAGGGCGCCCCUUCUUUAUGUUAUAGAUAGUUAUACAAGCUCCAUUGUACGAGUAUGCGUAUGUAAACACCUAGUUGUAGCCUUUUUUUUGCACCCCAGCCGUACUUUAAUCGUAGCCCGUUUAGUUAUUAGCCCAUUGUCUUAUUAACCGACCAUUUGACUAUUGAUUAUGUUCUGUAAUGCCAUAUACACGAUAUGUACACUAAGCAGCAGCGACCACAUGCCAAUUGAUAGACACCACAUCUAGUUACUAGACUAGACAGGCCGUGCGGCCUGUGCGGCCUGUGCGGCCUGUGCGGCACAUGUGCUAGCCUUAAAAACGCCAAAUUGUCGUCCUAGCAGAGGAGGGAAGACGCAGAACUCGAGCAACGCGAAUCAGGGAUAUUAUUAUGUUUCUAAGCCACGGAACAGCGCAUGCACGGCGUUCUACCAUCUAGCAUUAUGUACCCCUAUAUUUAUUACGUUUAGUUGCCCCUAACUUAUGUUCCAGCCAAUAAAACCAAUUGUAAUUA